AUGGAAAACAGGUGACCUACCAGGUCUUAAAGCUGUGGGUACAAGGCUUCUGAGCUUUACUGCCUACCCCCAACCUCACCACAUUCUAUAUAACCGUUACUUCUGCUUCAGACUUCUUCAGACGGUGUCCUAUAGUCAAACAUACUUAUCCGUGCCUUUGCCUUUGCCUUUGCCUCUGCCUUUGUUUUUCUGUUUUUCCUCCUUCGAUCUCGCUUCACCACUUUCUAUCUCCUCCUUUCCAAUUCCAACCAUGGUUUCUGUAGAUACCAUUCGAACCGCCGUAGGGAUUUUGGGAAACAUUAUUGCACUGUGUUUGUUCUUGUCACCAGUGCCAACUUUUGUUCAGAUAUGGAAGAAAGGAUCGGUGGAGCAGUUCUCACCGGUGCCAUAUCUAGCAACCCUUCUGAACUGCCUGCUAUGGCUGGUGUAUGGGCUACCACUGGUGCAUCCUCACAGCAUGUUAGUCAUAACCAUAAACGGUUGCGGCACUUUCAUCGAACUCACAUACGUCAUCCUCUUCAUCCUUCAUUCAGAUGGAAGAAAGAGGCUCAGAGUAAUACUACUGUUGAUUGCGGAGUUCGUAUUCGUGGGUGCUGUGGCUGUUCUAGUUCUGACGCUGGCUCACACCUAUGACCGUCGCUCUCUCAUCGUGGGAAGCAUUUGUGUUUUCUUUGGGACUAUGAUGUACGUUGCUCCCUUAUCGGUCAUGAAACUCGUAAUUACAACGAAGAGCGUGGAAUACAUGCCGUUCACCCUGUCCUUGGCCUCCUUUGCCAACGGCAUUUGCUGGACGACUUAUGCUCUCAUCCGCUUCGACCUUUUCAUUACUAUACCAAAUGGUCUGGGCACAUUGUUUGGGCUGGUUCAGCUGAUACUGUACGCGGCCUACUACAAGUCCACCCAGAGGCUGAAGGAAGAAAGGAUGGGCAAAGGCGAGAUGAGCUUGGCUGAGGUGGUUGUGAUGGGAGACCCCAAGAAGAUGGGCAAUAAUGCACCACACAAGGCCCUCAACCUCAAUGGCCACGCUUCUGAGAUCCGUGAGAUGUGACUUAUCGCUCACCACUCACCACCGGCCGUCUCAUCUACUACUUUAUCAUAGAGAGACGGAGACUGAGAAAGAGAGAGAGUUUCCUUUUUUUUUUUUCUUUUGCCCAUCAAUCAAACUUGUAUGCACCAUGGUAACCAACAUGGCGCGUUUCAUCAUCCUCUCACCUUUUUUUCUGCAAGUGAUGAUGCCUCGUCCAAGGAAUCAAGGACCAAGACAAAAGUCCCUUGACCCUUGUUUUUUCUUUUCUUUUUCUUUCGGUUCUUCCGUUUUUGCCCUUUUGGUAAGAAGAGAAUCACCCAGUUGUAGCUUCAAGUGUACGAUGAGAAAGGCUUCUUGGGCUGCCUAUUAAACAUGCCAAAGCCCCAAGCUCAGUUCCGACCUAUAUCAAAUGGUCUUUUAAUAUUAGGCCACAAGGCUGCAUCCAUCAAGUGACAAUCAUCAUUCGACCGACUAAAGACUGAUUAUUUAGCUUGGGCUUCUUUUUUAUUGGUUGAAACGGCGGUUGGGGCUUUAAGCUUCGUUUAUUUUGAGGUAAGAAGGGCAGAAAACAUUUUUUUUUCUUCACCUUUCUAUAAUAAUGAUACGAACAUGAAGUCUAAGUUGGCUAGCAUAUAUAUCAUGUUUAUGUUGGAAAAUGGGGUUACUGUAAUUUGGAGGAGAAGUUCUAAGGUGCAUUUAAAAAAAUUG